UUCACCCGCGCUGCUAGUGCUUCGCUGCUUAUAAAGAACCAUUAGGAAAUAUCAUUGAAAAACAUCGAUAUAACCGAUACAACGCCGGGAAAAAAAACGGAUGAGAAGAAAUGGAUAUUUUAAAGAGAGUGUGCGCAGCGUUGUCUUCAAUACUUAUAUAAAGACAUACAUACAUACAUAUAUAUAUAUAUAUUAAAAGACUGCGUGUGUGUAAGUGUGAUUGAUUCGAAUCGUAAUUUCGGAAACGCGCUUUUGUGUCCCGUUUUUUUUUUUUUGGGUAUUUCAUUUUUUUUUUACCUGUGCCUGUGAACCGAAGUUCGCGACUUGUGAAAUCUUCGGCCAUUGUUGUGAAAGAGCGGUUGUCUGGUCUUGAGUUCUCCUACCUGGCGUUAUAAUCGCCGCCCCUAAAAAUAAAAUACAAAAAAUAAAGCUAAACUGCUGCCGUCGGGCUUUUGCUUUUGUUUGCGGUUAAAAUAUUUGCGGGCUUCACCAACGGCGCCUUUCGGAAUUGGAUUCCAGUUCGAAUUCAGAUUCGCCAGAGCUGAUCUUGACCAGCCCAAGAUCCGUAGUAUGCGACCGCUGCCAUGCUGCUGAGACAACGCCUGGACAACGGCUAGGGCUGUGGACAAGGAUCGGUAUUGGGCUCAGGAUCUGGUGAUGAAGUGCGUCAAGAUGUGGAUCAGAAGUAGUUGGCUAGGACUGCUGCUCUGCUUUUGUCUGGUCUUUGAGACAUAUGAAGCACUAGAAACACGCACUAGUCUUCCUCUUUACGGUCUCCAUUCCGAUGAACUGGUGGCUGGUGAGGGUCAGCUGGUCGUGCCACGACGAGUCCACCCCGAUGGGGCAUUUAUGACCCAUUCACUAGAUUAUGCUCACGAUCGGGAUCAUCGGCGACAUCGCCAGAGGCGUAGCUUGCUGGAUCUGCCAGCGGCGGACUUGCAUCUUCAGGUGCCAUUGGAAAACGAAACACUGCAUCUGGAGCUUACGGCGCACAGCUACUUCCUGGCACCGAAUUUGGUGGUGGAGCGGCACCGUCGGGAUCUGCGGACGCGGUCACCUUUGACACCGCGGAACCUCAACUGUCAUUUUCAUGGAAAGGUGCGUGGCCAUACGGCCACCAAUGUGGCCAUUUCCACUUGCUCUGGGUUGGUGGGUCACAUCCGCACGGCCAGCAAUGAGUACUUCAUCGAGCCUUCAAAGCAACAUGAGCCGCAUCCGGUGAAUGGCCAUCCACACGUGGUCUUCCAGCGCUCUUCUGUGAAACCGAAGCAUCCGUCCCGGAAGCGGAACAAGCGCAAACGCGGCGGUGGAUCGGGAUCAGGAUCCGGAGCAGAGGUCAGCAACUGUGGUACUCGGGAGCCUCGCCGGCGAAUGGAGACACGGCUGGAAUGGCAAUCCAGGGGCAAGGUGAAGAUCCAGGGAGGUCGUCAAAUUAGACGGCACCACCACAAGCACAAGUAUCAUUAUCAACAGAAGAGCCAUCGAAUGUCGCACACCAAGUUUAAGUACGAUACGCAGUUCCAAAGCGGGCAGGAUCAUCAUCUGGAGAUUGCCAGACGGAGGCGAUCUAUUAGUAGUCCUCGCCAUGUGGAGACCUUGAUUGUGGCCGAUGCUACCAUGUCGGCCUUUCACAAGGAUCUCAAUGGCUAUCUGUUGACGAUCAUGAAUAUGGUAUCUGCUCUGUACAAGGAUCCUAGCAUUGGUAAUUCCAUAGAGAUCGUGGUAGUGCGCAUCAUCCAGCUGGAUGAAGAGGAGUCGCAGCUUCAGCUGAAUCUUACCCAGAAUGCCCAGAAGAAUUUGGAUCGGUUUUGCAGUUGGCAGCACAAGUUAAACAAGGGCAGCGAGAAAGAUCCCCAUCACCAUGACGUGGCCAUCCUUAUCACGCGCAAGAACAUCUGUGCCAACAAUUGCAUGACACUCGGUCUGGCAAAUGUGGGUGGAAUGUGCAAGCCGAAGCAAUCCUGCAGCGUCAACGAGGACAAUGGCAUCAUGCUCUCCCACACUAUAACCCAUGAAUUGGGCCACAAUUUUGGGAUGUUCCAUGAUACAGCGAAGAUUGGCUGCCAUCCACGUGUGGGUCCCAUUGUACAUAUCAUGACGCCUACAUUCGGAGCGGACACCCUGCAGGUUUGCUGGUCGAACUGCAGCCGCAAGUACAUCACUCACUUCCUGGACCAAGGACUGGGCGAGUGCCUGGAUGAUCCGCCGACACCGCUUGAUGAGUAUAACUAUACGGGCGAGCUGCCGGGGAUGCGAUACAAUGCCAGAGGUCAGUGCCGGCUGCAGUUCAACUUGACCACCGACAGCGAAGUUGGUGCCUGCUCUACCCCCUUGGAAUUUUGCUCAACGCUAUGGUGCAAGGUCAACGGCGAGUGCGUAACACACAUGCGACCCACCGCUCCGGGAACACUGUGUGGGCGGAACAAGUGGUGCCAGAACGGCAAGUGCGUACGCCGAGAGGAACUGACGGCGGUAAAUGGGGGUUGGGGCGAUUGGAGUGAGUGGAGCGAAUGUUCGCGAAGCUGCGGCGGCGGGGUAUCCACACAGCAGAGGGAGUGCGACAAUCCAGUGCCGGCCAAUGGUGGGGUCUUCUGCAUUGGCGAACGGAAACGUUAUAAGAUAUGCCGAAAGCGACAGUGUCCGGCUGAGGAGCCCAGCUUCCGGGCACAGCAGUGUGCGAGAUUCGACAAUGUGAGCUACCAAGGAGCCACCUACAAGUGGCUGCCCUUCUUCGAUAAGAAUAAUCCCUGCAAGCUUUUCUGCAGUGACGUGGACGACACGAUAAUCGCCAACUGGGGUGCCACGGUCCUGGACGGUACGCCCUGCACCCUGGGCACGAACAACAUGUGCAUCGAUGGCAUCUGCAAGAAAGUUGGUUGCGAUUGGAUCGUCGACUCGGAGGUGCAGGACGAUCGCUGCGGUGUCUGCGGCGGUUCUGGCGAUCAGUGCCAGCCGGUAAGGGAUACCUACACGGAUCCUUUUGCUGCCAAGGAUGGCGCCUAUGUAGAGAUAGUAACCAUUCCGGCACGGGCCAGAAACAUCCUUAUACGGGAACAGGCCAACUCGCCGCACUUCCUUGCCAUCGCCACGGGCAAUGGCGACCGGUUCUAUCUGAAUGGUGAUAGCCUCAUCUCGAUGCCUGGCGAAUUCGAGAUUGCCGGCGCCGAGAGCCUCUACGAUCGCGUCGACGAACAGGAGACCAUCACAAUACCUCAGCCCAUCCAGCAUUCCAUAUCGCUAUAUGCGAUUGUGCGCGGCAACGAGAGCAACGUUGGCAUUUUCUACGAAUUCACGCUGCCCGCGUUGAAUGUGACCGCCGGAAGGCAGUUCUUGUGGCGCCUUAGCAACUGGACCUCGUGCUCUGCCAGCUGUGGCGGUGGGGUCCAGCAUCGAGAGCCCAUAUGCCAGGAGAACGGCAAGGGUCUGGCUGACACGUUGCCCUGUUGGACGCACGCCAAAAAUAAAAGACCCGCCCGGCAAUCUCGAGGAUGUGGUGAACAGCCGUGCCCAGCUCACUGGUGGCCAGGUCCUUGGCAAUUUUGUCCUGUAACCUGUCGUCCUUUGGGUGCCGGUGCUCCACCACUUCGCCGCAGAUCCGUUGUCUGUCUCGACCAGCAUGAUGUUGUGGUUGGCGAUGCGGAAUGUGGACUCCUGCCAAGACCACCGGAAAUGGAGCCCUGCGAGUCCUCGCUGCCCGAUUGCCGGACCAAGUAG